AUGGCUUCGAGAUCCAGAGGUAUCGAGCCGCGCUUGGGCAUUGCCUGUUCUGACGAUACCGUGCUAGCAUUACUAGAAGAAACUGAUGUGGAUUUUAGUAGCGACGAUGAUACCCAAGACCCAUGUAUAAUGAACCCACGGAAAUCGCUACACAAGAGCGUCGAAGACUUGGCUGUUGCUAACUCAUACCUUCAGUUCAAACAGAGAGAGAGAAAAAAAGGCGUUAAAAACGUUAUAGGCAUACGUGAAUUUAAGAUUCAACUUGGUGAGAAGUUAAUUGCUGAUAACUUAGAUUCUACAGACACAGAUGACCCUGCUGAUGAGUUUGAAGAACUUUUACCAAAGCACAAGAAACGUUAG